CACACUCUGAAACACACAGUCAUACACACUCUGAAACACACACACAUUACAUACAACUGAAGCACUGUUGGCUUUUUUCCCUCUGAAAAAUGAAAUGCACUUUUCCUUUCCACUUUAAUCUCUGGUCCCAUCGUUUUUUUUAACAAUAAUCAUUACCAUCACACCCUCACACAUUUUCAUCACCCAAUCAAGGAUUCUAAAACCCAUAUAAGCUUCUGUAUAAAUGCAUCCCAAAUUUACCAACAUUCUAAUUUAAUUUCUGAAAUUCAGAGCUUCUUCUUCUUCUUCUUCUUCUUCUUCUUCUUUAUAAUUUACUUUUUGUUGCUGAUCAAAAAGUUAUGGGGGACACAACGGAAUCAUCUUCCGCCGUCACUGAAACGAAGAAGGUUGUUGUAAACCCUAGAGCGGAAAUCGACACCUCGCCGCCGUUCGAGUCUGUCAAGGAGGCGGUGGACCGCUUCGGCGGCAGUGGCCCUUGGAUACCCCAUCACUUGCUUCGUUUAGCUGCUGCUCAACAUGAGGAUUUUGAUCUGGAUAAAAUAGAGGAGCAUGCAGUGAAAUUGGAGAGGGAUCUGAUUCUGAAAGAGCAACAAACACUCGAUGUCUUAAAAGAACUCGAGUCAGCAAAAAGAUUCGUCCAAGGCCUAAAAGUCAACUUCAACAUUCCGGAUUCGUCGCCAUCUUUCACACCCAGUCCCGACAUAAAAUUCGAUGUCGGGACUUUCUGCCCUUCAAUGUCGCCCAAUUUGAUGUUUAUGGAAUUAAAUCGGGCGAAAUUAAACCUCAACAAAACAUCCGGAGAUCUCGCGGUGAUCCAAGCCUCGGUCGAGUCCUUAAACAAGAAAAUGAGAAGAGAUAAGCUCUUGCUCGAAAAGAGCACUAAUAAUUCCGAAGAGAUUUUCUCUUUCGAGCCAAAAUCUCCGAAAGUCGAAACCGAUUUUUCGAUGACUACUAUUUGCAACUUUGAGGAAGAGCAGUUCAAGAAGAUGACGGAAGCUUCUAGAUACGAGGUGGUCAAGGCCAUGACCGAGAUAGAACGGACCAAGAAUAGUAUAAGAAUGGCGGAAAUGAGAUUGAACGCAGCCAAGAAAAUGGAGGAAGCUGCUAAAGCGGUCGAAGCUAUUUCACUUGCCGAGAGAAAUUCUCGUUUGAAUAACGAUGAGAAUUCAUCGAAUAAUAAUGGAAUAACUCUUUCGUUCGAGGAGUACAGAGUUCUUACAAGAAAAGCACAGCACGCCGAAGACCUAUGCAAGACCAAGUUCGUAGAUACCGAAGAAAGCUAUUCAAGAACACAAGUGGAACGGUUGUCUGAAAAUAAUUUGAAUAAAUUUAAGUUUAGGAAUUCGAAUUCCGGUCAUAGAAGUCCGCCUGUACUGGCCAAUGAAAAGUCAACGCCCGGUUUCCGGACGACUUCGAUUGGAGACAUAUUGGGUAAGAAGUUGGUAGUACCACCACAAGAUGAUGGUGCGGUGGGGCGGCGUGCGGAGGAUCGUUCUGAAAGGGAACGUGUUUCUUUGAGUGAAAUGCUGAGGGAACGGAGUAGGGUUAUUAUGCACCCUCCUACUAAAGGUUCGGAGAAUGGGAAAAUCGAAAAGCAAUACUUUUUGCAGCAGAAGAAGAAGUUUGGAUUCAUGCAGAGCAAGAAAAAGACUCAGACUUUGAAUCUCAGGUGAUUUGAUUAGGCUCUUAAUUUAAAAGUGUGAUUUUUAUAGUGUAUUUUUAAAUUGUGUUGUUUAGUAUUGAUGUUUGGGAUUUGGGUUUUGUUGAUGUUUGGAUUUUGUUACAUGAUUCUUGUGAUUUUUAUUUAAGUGUUGGAUGAUGAUUGUUUGUAUGAUUUGGGAAUAAAAUUCAUUUGCAUUUGUUUGUUA